GUCUUUCAAAUGUAAACACAAAUUUCCAAAAAAAAAAAAAAAACCUUAAUUAAAUUAAAUGGAGGAGAUAGAGAACGAAAGGCAGUUAGUAAAUAACUUGCAAAAGUGUAGAUGCUGCUUUAGAAUGCUAAUUGAUGACCGAAAAGCUGUUCAAAUAGACGAAAUAAUAAGAAAUCAGUUUUUUUCCUUAACGCAAAUCGAGCUUAUAUCUUCAGAGCUGUUUGCAAAUAGAAUAUGCCAGUUGUGCCAAAUAGACUUACAGACGUUUGUUGACCUCAGAAAAGAUCUAGUAACAAAGCAGACUGGAUUAUAUGAAUUAGCUGGAUUGGAUGUAAAUGAACCAGGCGAUGAGAUACAGGAAGAACAGCUUGAUGAUUAUGAGAUACAAAUGAUUGAAACAAUAAAAGAUGAUGAAUUCGACAAUGAAGUGAUUUUAGAGGAAAUAGAAGAAGAACCUGAUGAGUACGAUGAAAGCGAGAUAAUAUACGAUGAUAAUGAUUCACAAAAUAUCGCCGAUAAUGUUCUAAAAAUAGAGAAAAUUGAUGAGAACGAAGAAGACACAGAAUUUAUUGUUAAUUAUUUUAAUGACAGUGAAAUGGCUAAUGACCAAAGCAUGUCUAUGUCUGAAUCACCAUUUGAGAGUGAAAUCUGUGAGACUUGUGAUAUGGAAGUAUUAAAAAGUCAUUUUAAGGAACACGUAGAAUUAAUGCAUGGCGAUGACAAUGAUUGCAAUAAGUGCCAUUUAAAGUUUCAUAGUAAAAUACUUUUGAGGAAGCAUAUAAAUGAGGUACACGUAACAGAUGCCAAAAACAGAAAGAUGAAAAGAAAAUUGCAGUACUGUCCUCUUUGUAGUAAGGAAUAUGACUAUAAGAAGCAGUUGAUGGAUCAUAUAAGGUCGUAUCAUAAAAAGGAACGAAAUACUCAAUGUACAAUCUGUAAGAGGAAGUUCUAUCAUCGUGACUUAAAGAAACACAUGCAGCAUGUUCAUGGAGAAAAGAAAAUCUCAUGUGAAGUUUGUGGGAAGUUGUACACAUGCAUUGAGAACCUUAAACUGCACUUAAAGUAUCACUCAGACCCAAAAUAUGCAUGCGAAUAUGAGAACUGUGACAAGAAAUUUCACCAAAAAACUUUAUGGGAACAUCACAUGCUUAAGCAUAAAAACGAACGGUCCAUCUCAUGCACAGAAUGCAAUAACACAUUUUACACUUUAAGAGACUUAAAAAGACACAAUCAGAGAGUCCACAAUAAAGUAUCGAGAAAGUGCUUUGGAUGUGAAAUGAUAUUUUGCAGAAAGGAUAAAUAUCGCGAACAUAUUUUAAAGCAGCAUAAAGACUUGAGUGACGACAUAAAAAAUAAGAUUCUAGAACAAAUUAAGAACAUUAAAUGGCAUGAAAAUUAGAAUAAACGGCUAUAAUAAAUUUGAAUUUUUAACAGAACUGAUG